CGAAGCCAACAAUUCCCGGAGGGAAGAAUUCUCACGCUGAAAGAUGUAUGGCCUGCAAAUGGAAACGUUUCAUCGAGUGCGGUCAUGAGUUGGAUGCCCACGUACGCCAAACUGCAUCCCGGUGCAGUGUUGUUUGUGCUUUUACUUUCCGGCAUGCUACAGCAUCCAGCGCUCACCGUUGAUAGCCGAUCGUCGACCGAUGCUGAAAUACCGAAAUUGCAACAAUGUUUAGCCGGUACGGAUACUCGACUUCGGUGUGGCAUCAAGGAGCACCACACUGAUCAUAUGAAUUCUUCCGAUGUGCAAUGGUACUUUAAGCCGUGUGGUGGUGGCUUUCAACACAUGACAUGCAGUAAUCGGGCCCUACUGAGCACACUCGAGUGGCAGCCGCUCGAUUGCGAUAAUAAACCGUGCCGAGUAACGUUGGCGCUACAGAACGUUUCGGAAGCGGAUGCAGGACUUUAUCGCUGCACGAUACAUCCCUACCGGACAGACAACCGGACCCAACUCGACAUUCAACUCGUGCGAACAUUUGAACUAGUAGUGACAAAAUGGCCACUCGACGAAUCGAUACCGGCACCGGAGCUGUUGGACAAUCUGCCCGCCAAUACGACCGCCAUUAUUAACACGCAUAUCGUGCUACAGUGCCGGGUGCACAGCAAGGUGCAACCCACCAUCAAGUGGUUCCGGCGCAUCAACAAGCCGCUCGGGGAGCACAACUUCAAUCAGAACAAAUCGAUCCGAUAUUUGGAAAAUUCCUACGAGCUAUUACCGUCGGCCGGUGAAAAGCUCCUGUCGUACGAUGUCUAUCUGAGCAAGCUGAUCCUGUACAAUGCGUCCGAGCGCGACAUCGGCAUAUACGUGUGCGUUGGCAUUAAUUAUGUCGGUGUCAGCAUGGCUGAUGCGUACGUCAAUCUGGUGCACCCCAACGGGACGCCCGUGGAGGAGACGCACGGUGGCUAUGUGGGGCUUAUGGUAUUGUUUCUAAUACCGAUUGCUUUGGCAUUUGUUCCACUCGUUGGUUGGGUCGUGUUGAAUGUAUUACGCGCAAAGCAACACUCCGAGGAAAAGUCAUUGGUGCAGCUUCAUGGGCCUAACAUUUACGAGCCAACGUACCAAUGGACCAACCACGGAAGAAAACUUAUCAGUCUAGAACAAGCGGAACAUUUGUACGAGAAGGUUGAUGUGGUGUGA